AGAAGAGCCGAGUGGUGCUGGCAGGAGCCUGAGCCCCACGAUAAACUCUGGCAUCAGCUUCCCUUCAUCCGGCAGUCAGCGAGGACACAGUGAGGGCGUAGGGGCAGAGAGACGGGGGACGGAGAAAGAGAAAGAGUGACAGAGGGGGGGGGAGAGAGAGACAAAAACAGGCCAAUAGACAAAGAGGGAGAGGCUGUCAUAAGAAUCACACAGCUCCUUUUUCACGGCAGCAGCUCAGUCGUUCUGUCUGCUGCCUCCAGAUGCAGGCGAAUGCUGAUGGGGAUGACGGGUGGCGUGUUUUCAGCAGCACAGUUUUCUGAGUGAUGGUAGCGGCCGCAGCAGCAUCACAAUCCGAAGCAGGAGCUCUCCUCAGCGCUCUGGCUCUUAGUCAUCCUCAGCCUCCUCUCUCCCUUCUCAGAGUGCUAUCAGGGCCAUUCAUCGCUCCCAUCUCAUGCCUCCUGCCUCCUCCUCCUCCUCCACAGCUUCAUCCUCCACUUCUACUCCUCCUCUGAUGAGCCACAGCCUCAGAGUGAAAUAACCCUGCUGAUAGAAGCUUCUCUCUCUGUCAAGACAGUGCCAUGUGUGAUUGGCCGGCAUACCCCGAGGCAGUGGCAUCACCCUGGAUUUGGCGAGAAGCUCUCCCCCCUGCUUGUUCUCUGGGGCUCCUUUGGGAAGCUUUCAUGGGAUUUACCUUGUCCUGCUGGAUGGCACGGAGCUCUGUGCCUCUCUGAAAAGAGUCCACAGAGAAAACACACACUACAUGGAUAAGAAGUAAAAUAAUUAUCCAAUCACAGCACAAGCAGGCAGACCGGGUUCCCUUAGCAACAACUGAAGGAGAGACGAGAAUCCUUUUCUCUUUCUGCUCCCUUGGUUUUUGGGCACACCCCUGUGGACUGCUGUGGGUCAGUGUUUUGCGAGAGGACUUGGAAAGCGCUGUUGCGUAAGACAAGCUGCCACCCAAAUUCCAGGGGAAGGUGCUCAUUUGCCUUCCAGCCACCUUGUUACUAUGUCUCAUCGGCACCAUGAAUUUUUUUGUUAUCCCUCCACAAAUUCUCAUCACAAGUCACGUUCCGCUGGCUUAGAAAUCAAUUCAUUCUGAUCCCACGCCACCUGGAAUGAGUCCUGCGUUUGGGGGGAGAUCGGACGCUCUGUGAAAAGACCCACACCUACCUUCCUCUCUUUCAUGGACGAGCAAUGAAAGACAACAUGGUUAGGUCAUCAUCUGCAAAGAAAAUGGAUGUGCAGCAAAGUUUAUUUUGAUGUGAGUUUCUUCUGAGAACCUUUUUUUUUCCUGGAGGAAAACAACACACUGCACAGAGGAAUAAUCGCUGUUUUUCCAACAGGAUCCCUCCUUUCUGUUUAAAGACAGUAGCCCUUACGGAGGGACUAUAUUUAGAAGGCAAAUCUUGUCCCCGCUGGCCACCAAUAAAAUAGAACACGAUCAUUUUGAAAAUUGAGCCACCGCUGGGAGUUCUAUUUUUCUAUCUAUGCUGGAUAGCUUCCUCUACAGAAGGGUUAAUGUGAACCUAUUUUCUGCUUUCACUUUUGUAUGUUAGCCUGCCAUCAUGUCACUGUGUUUCAUGAGUAAAAAAGAUUGUACAGGACAAGUGGAAGAAGGAAAAAGCAUUUUCCCUGUGUAGAUAGGCAUUUUAAAUAGCAUCUCCUCGAGAACAGUUUCAAACAUACACACUGACACACGAGAUGAGUUGGCUCAACACGAUUAUGUAAGAGUUUGAUACCAGCUUUAGCCCAUGUAUUUUGUGUCUUCUUUUUCCAUGGAUUUACUGUGUUUGACUUUUCCCAUGCUCAUUUCCUCUUCAUUUCUGGAAGUGUCUACUAGAAGGCAUGGAUGUCAGAGUGUGACCCUGUGCCGAGUGUGCGGGCGAGGCAAGGUGUUUUGGCUGCCCAGGUGCUUUUAAGAUGUUGAGGUCUCCCUGCGUGGCCGGGGCCCCUGUUCGGAUCAGUAGCACUGAGGCUCCUUGUAGCCAAAGACAUGGACCCCGACUCGGCUCCCCCACGCCCUCAGCCUGUUGGCCACUGGCCCCACGUCGCCCUGUAAAGGAUGUCCCUCAGCAGAGCUCCGGCCCGGGACACCUCUGAGACCCCCAGCCCGAGAGAACGCAUCCGCAGCCACAUGAAGAUGGUGAUCGACCAGCUGGAAGGCAUUCUCAAAGAGCUCAAGGAUGUGGCCAAGGAACUCCGGGAGGUGGUGGGUCAGAUCGAUAAACUAACGUCCGACUUUGACUUUGACCUGGAGCCAGAUGACUGGACGGUGGCCACAGCCAGCAGCACGUCCAGCAGUGAGCGGGGUUUGGGAGAGGCCUUCAGAUUGGACUUCCUUAAUGCAGAUGUGCUUUCUGACAGCUGGGAGUUCUGUAGUUACCUGGAGGCUGCUGGCGCUGCCGCCCGCAGAUCUAGCGAGCAACCAGGGGACCCACGACAGGAUCUGGGCCGCGGUACGAUCCCCACCCAGACGCAGACCCCCACCCCGCCCCCCACCACUGCCUCGGUCUACUCCCAGAUGAACGGCGGGCUGCCCAUUCCCAACGGGCCACGCAUUAUUACUCCAGAUUCAUCCAGCGAGGAGGCCAGCAGCUCCACACACAGCCACAAGACUUCCCGUACCUCCGGCACAAGAGAAAGGGUCCGCUUCAGUGACAAAAUUCUGUAUCAUGCAUUGUGCUGUGACGAUGACGAGGAGGAGGAGGAACAAGAGGAGUUACAAGAGGACAAGAGUGGCUGUGCUACACCAGAUAGCGAUACUGAGCCCAGCCUCCUGGCGAGCUCGGUCGCCCCCAAACGUUCUUCCUCUGAGCACUCACUCCUCCAUAACUGUGUGGACCCUUCCUACGUCUCCUCCCCUGUGAAGGGGACAACAGGAGCUCACACACAACCCAGGAAAGGUCUCUUAAACUCCGGCUGCCGCAAAAAACUGUUACGAAAUAGCAGCACACAAACUGUCUCUGACAAGAGCACCCAAACUGUACUGCCCUAUAUUCCAACCAAACAGAAAACAAAGGACCACUGAGAAAGCCCGAAGUUUAUCAUAAAUCUCAUGAAGAGGACUGUGCAUUAUUUAAUAUUAAAUACAUAGCUCAUAGAUUAAUACACAAAUAAAUUAAUUACUAAAUAAAUAAAUGAUAUAUGGGAAAUCA